AUGCAGAGAUCACGUAGAGCUCUUCUUGAAAGAAGAGCUUUGGAGAAGGAUGUUAGUGGAAAGAAUCAAUUCUACAAGAUUUCUUUGUCUUUGGUUUUUGUUUUGUGGGGGCUUGUCUUCCUCUUGAGUUUAUGGAUCAGUCGUGGCGAUGGUUAUACAGAUGGGUCUGGAGUGCUUCCAGUUGGCAUAUCCACUUGGAAUGAAGCUACACCGGAACCCAGUAAAUGCUCUGCUUCUGUAGAUAAAAAUCCAUCAAAAGAAACCUGUCCUUUAUAUUCUGAUGAGAGCUUGUGUUCAGAUAGUGCUGAAAUCGGAGAUUCCAAUGACAAAUUGCUUACCAGUGAAGGAAACACAAAUGAUGCCUUUGCUGUCGAGCAAUCUGAGGUAGACUCUGGUUCAGGUGUGAAGUCUGAAAAUAAUGCCCAAAAGACUGAUCGACCACAUCGUGCUGUGCCCCUCGGUCUUGAUGAAUUCAAAAGUAGAGCAUUCAGCUCUAAAAGUAAACCUGGAACUGGUCAGGUUGGAGGUAUAAUUCAUAGAAUGGAGCCUGGAGGUAAAGAAUACAAUUAUGCUUCAGCCUCCAAGGGAGCAAAGGUCUUGGCUUUCAAUAAGGAAGCAAAGGGGGCCUCCAAUAUCUUAGGCAGAGACAAGGAUAAGUACCUUCGGAAUCCAUGUUCUGCAGAGGAGAAAUUUGUUGUAAUAGAACUUUCGGAAGAAACAUUGGUAGAUACUAUUGAAAUAGCAAAUUUUGAGCAUUAUUCUUCGAAUUUAAAAGAUUUUGAGUUGCUUGGAAGCUUGGUUUAUCCAACAGACAACUGGGUGAAGCUUGGGAAUUUUACAGCUGCAAAUGCUAAGCAUGCUCAGAGGUUUACCCUUCAUGAGGCAAAAAGGGUGAGAUAUCUAAGGUUGAAUCUUCUGAGCCAUUAUGGUUCAGAAUUUUAUUGUACAUUAAGUGUUAUUGAAGUUUAUGGAGUGGAUACUGUUGAGCAAAUGCUGGAGGAUUUGAUCUCUGCUCAAGAUAAUUUAUUUGGGUCUGAGGAGGGAGCUGGUGAGCAGAAACCACCAGCCUCCCAAUCAGAGUCCACUCAGGGUGAUGAUAUUUAUCUAGACUUGUAUGGUGAUGUGGAAAACUCUUCAGUGGAAAACUCAAAUGCAAAGAAUGAAGUUGUGAAAAAUAAAGUGCCAGAUCCAGUUGAAGAAGUUCGGCAUCAGCAAGUUGGCAGGAUGCCUGGGGACUCUGUUCUUAAAAUAUUGAUGCAGAAAGUUCGUUCCCUGGACUUAAGUUUAUCCAUCUUGGAGCGAUACCUUGAGGAAGUGAAUACCAAAUAUGGCAAUAUUUUCAAAGAAAUUGACAAGGAUUUGGGGGAGAAAGAUAUACUUUUAGAGAAGAUCAGAUCAGGUGUAAAGAGUCUCCAUGACAGCCAGGAGGUCAUUGCCAAAGAUGUUAAUGAUCUUAUUUCUUGGAAAUCCCUUGUUUCCACACAGUUGGAUGGUCUCCUUACGGACAAUUUGAUUCUCAGGUCAAAUGUUGAAAGGGUUCUAGAGAAUCAGAAAUCUAUGGAGAAUAAGGAGGCGCAGACACCCGUGAUCAUUUUACAAGCCAUCUCCAUGAAUCGGAGACAAAUUAAAGCCUUUAUAGAUAGGGAGCUUGAUAGAGGAGAAGAAAUCUCACCAGCCCUUUUGGUGGUCUUAAAAAAUUAUGCUUCUUCACCUGGGUGCCUAGAUGAACUGGUGAAAAUACUUGAGUGCGAAGAAGAUUGCAGGGCAUAUGGUUGUACCAGUUUUCUACCUGAUCGAUCCAUCGGAUGUAGCAGAUUAGACUGGGAAUUUCGGGAAUGA